UGAUGAUGACAUCUUUAUUAGUAGGAUGCAGUUUAUCUAGCGCCUGACAACGUGUUGGAGCUUGAUGGCCGAGGCGUAUAAAUGGCCUGAUUGCACUGGAGUAUAUGUAUAUGUCAAGUAUAUAGUUGUAUAAGAAGGAAAGACUGCUGAGAAUGCGGGCAAGCUCGCCUGCGAGCUCGCUGAUAAUAUCAGCGCUGUGCGCUCUCGGGCUAUUGUUGCAAUGCGUAACGAAUGUGCAAGCCAUAACUGAGACCUGGAUGGGCAUGGACUACAAGGAGCGAACAAAGGAGCGGCCGGAGCUGCAGUGGGACUGGGGCCAUGCCUUUACCAGUAUUGAGGUCAACAAGCAGCCGGUCAGCCACGUGCUGGGCCCCGUGCUGGCCUCACACCGCUUCACGCUGCCGCUGACGCAGCUGGCACGUGCCGUGUCGUACGCCGGGUCGGGCACGCGGCUGCGGCACGUGGUCGGGCGGCUGCUGGCGGGGCGGGAGGUCAAGGUGGGGGUGGUGGGGGGCAGCAUCAGCUGGGGGCACGGCAGCGGCAACCGAGGAGAGACGGACUGGUUCUCCAUAUUUAGCAAAUGGCUGAUCGCGGCGUUCCCCCGCUCCAACGUGACCACCCGCAACGGCUGCGUGCCGGGCGUCAUGAGCCAGUACAUGAUCAUGUGCCUGGAGCAGUCGCUGGACCCGGGUGUGGAGCUGGUGUUUGUGGAGUUCAACCUGAACGACGGCCAGGACGGCGCACUGUACAACAACAGGCCGGUCAAGGACACGGAGCGGCUUGUCCGGCGGCUGCUGGCGCUGCCGUCGCGGCCUGCGGUGGUGCUGCUGCACAGCCCGCAGCACGGCAUGGCCAGCUACCCGCAGGUGCCGCGGAAGGUGCCCUUCCACCACACGCCCGAGGACGCAUACGGCGCCAUCUCGCAGUACUACGACGUUCCGGGCCUGUCCAUGCGCACGGCGCUGUACCGCCUGGCGGUGCACCUGCAGAAGGAGGGGUUCCUGUGGGAGCAGACCUUCCAGGACAUCCACCCGGGUGUGCACGGCCACCGCUGUGUGGCGGACCUGCCCAUCUACCUGCUGCAGCAGGUGGCUCUUGGGCUGCUGCUGCGGCCCUUCAGCGCCGAGGACGACGAGGUGUUGCGGGAGCCCCUGCCGCCGCCCAUGUACGCGGGCAACGAGCCGCCGGACGCGCCCAUGUGUGUGCUGUACGACCAGUUCAAGGACCUGGUUGUGUCCGCCAGUGGCUUCCAGUACCUGGACGAGGGCAAGCCCGGCAAGCCCAAGCCCGGGUACAUAGCCACAACGCCCGGCAGUCGACUGCUGGUGCGCGUCAACACCGACCGCACCACGCCGCCCCGCCGCCCGCCUCCGCCCGCCGCCUCCGCCACCGAGGCCGCCGCGGCGGGGCUAGCGGCGGCGGCCGCGGCGGCGGCGGGCGCGGACGCGCUCGUGCGGCUGGGGCCGGAGCCUGUGCGUGUGUUUUUCUUCAUCCUGCGGAGCUAUGAGCACAUGGGCAUGGCCAGCAUCAGCUGCGUGUCGGGCUGCACCUGCACGCCGCUGACGGUGGACGGCAACAACGUCCGCCGCGCCAGCCAGCUGCACCUCAUACCCCUGUCCGUCAGCCAGGCCGGCCAGUGCGACAUGGCCGUGGAGGUGCUCAACACCACACACAGCGGCGAGCACAAGAUGAAGGUGGCGGGUGUGGUGGUGGCUGAGCGGGCGGGGCAAGACACCUACCUGGACUCGCUGGUGGGGCCGGGCGGCGGCGAGUUCGGGGUCAAGGAGCACACAGGGCUGAGGCAGGCGGUCACGUGGAGUAAGGGCGGGCGCAAGGGCGGACCCGAGUUCAAGGGCGAGUGGCGCCGGGCGUGAGCUAGGGCAACAGGGCCGGCGUGUCUGCGUGUGUGUGUGGGGGGGGGAGUAUGAGGGGGCGUCAGAAGCGAGGGGCGAGCGAGGGAGAGCAGCAGAGCGCGAGGGGGCGAAAGGAGAGGGGGGCCAAGAGGAGAGAGAGAGCAGCGGGGGUGCGUCCGCAGUGGAGGUGUUGGUGAGGGCCGUGGGAUUGCACCGGGGGCGGGGGGCAGGUUGGCAGGAGGUGCCCGCCGGGUAUCGUGGCCCACGUAGCCUGCGGGCCCCCGAGCCUGUCCCGCGGUGUGCAGCGCCCCUGAAGGGCUUGGCUGGUGCGUCCGUGCGUGACAGUGAAGCGUAACCGCGUGAGGUAGGCUGGCUGAGGCGCUGAACAACCAAGGCCGCGCGCGGUCUCGAGUAGUUGGGCUGCAGCAGGCGCUGUAACUCUGAGCAGGC